AUGAACGACUCCCAAUCGCAGUCCUUGCCGCUCACCACCCAUGCAUCCCCAGCCUUGACACCCGCAGCGCCGUCCGAGCAGGACAACAACCGCUCUCCCGUUUAUCCCGACCUACUGGGUGCUCCGCCCGUCCCGCCGCCGAGGACAUCGUCAACUCACCGCGGUCACCAUGGUUCGAGUGCAAAACCCUCCUCAUCCUCCGCCGAAAAGUCCUCGAGUUCUCGUCACGGAAAGAACAAAGCCGAUGACCGGAGUGCAAGCCACCGUGAGAGGAAGGGGGAGGACAGCCAACUUCGCCCGGUGAACAUGCCCGAGGAAUACCCGCAGGGUCCGAGCUCCCACGCGCCGGGGGCACCGUCUUCGGAGGAUAACAUGGAAGGUUAUGCAGGCCAGGGCGAGCUACAGAAGGAGUCCAGCGCAGUACUCAAUCAGGUCCUGGUGAGUGAUCCGUCUGUGGACAUCGAACGGGAGCAGGUCCGGCAGGCCGGCUCGUCGGUAUCCCCAUCGACGGAGAGCGCUCCAGCAUCCGGGUUGGGCUUGGUAGGAAGCGAUGGUGUGGAUGAUGGAGGUCGAGGUGGACUACGAAGCCGGCACGACUACUCGGAUCAUGCUGUCAAGCGCAAGGAGACGACGUUUGGCCAGUACAUUCUUGGGCAGACGCUGGGUGAGGGCGAGUUUGGCAAAGUGAAAUUGGGGUGGAAGAGAGACGGCACCAUACAGGUAGCCAUCAAGCUCAUCCGCAGGGAGUCUCUUGGGUCAAAUCCUAGCCGGUUACCCAAGAUCUACCGCGAAAUCUCAAUUUUGCGCGACCUCGCUCACCCGAACAUCGUUCGGCUCCACGAGAUGGUCGAGACGGACCGUCACAUCGGUAUUAUCAUGGAGUACGCCUCUGGGGGUGAGCUCUUUGACCAUAUUCUGAACAAUCGGUACCUCAAGGACAAUGCCGCUCGUCGCCUGUUUGCGCAACUCGUUUCGGGUGUGGGGUAUCUUCACAAGAAGGGUAUUGUCCAUCGUGACUUGAAACUGGAGAACCUGUUGCUGGACCGGAAUCGCAACAUCAUUAUCACCGAUUUUGGCUUUGCGAAUACGUUCGACCCCAUGGACGAAUUGGGUGAUGAGAUCGAAUAUAACCUGACGAACAAGGAAUUCGUUAAGCGGAUGCGCUUGGACAGGCCCAAUGCCAAGGGUUUGAGGCGAGGUGAUCUGAUGCAGACCAGUUGUGGAAGUCCUUGUUAUGCCGCGCCGGAGCUCGUGGUCAGCGACUCGCUAUACACUGGGCGCAAGGUCGAUGUGUGGAGCUGUGGUGUGAUUUUGUAUGCUAUGCUCGCGGGAUAUUUGCCCUUCGAUGAUGACCCGGCGAACCCGGACGGUGAUAACAUCAACUUGUUGUACAAGUACAUUGUCACUACCCCUCUUACAUUCCCGGAAUAUGUGACCCCCCACGCUCGCGAUCUUCUGCGGCGGAUAUUGGUGCCUGAUCCUCGGAAGCGUGCAGACCUGUUUGAGGUGGCCCGGCACAGCUGGCUCAGCGAGUACUCGCAUAUUGUUUCCCACAUCACGAGCAGCACGACCAAGGUUGCGGACAUUGCCACAACCACCGUCACUCAGGAACCGCACAAGGAAGUGCCGUCGCUGGCACGCAGCGCAUCCGUUCGGGAGCCUCCGAAGACAUACAACAAUAGCCCUGUUCCCUCGGUGGGAGGACUGAUCCACCAUGCAGGAGACAUUUCCCAAGAGCAGGCCGCCGAACGGUCCAAGACUCCUCGAGACACCAAACGACGAACCGUGCAGGUCGAAUAUGUUGCACCUCAGUCUCAAACUGCGCGGGGCGAGGUCCCCCCUACCGGAGUGGAUGCAGGUAUCGCGGAGCCAGCUGGGCCGUCGGAGCCUCGACCGACGAGAGCCAGGUCAAAUAGUCGGCCCAUCGUGCCUAAUAUGCCUUCGGGCACCCUGGCCCGUGAUAUGUCUGGCGCGUCCAACGUGCGGACUGGAGAGCCAAAGGCAGCCGCUGGCCCGGCGCCGGCACCUGCUCCUGGGCACUUGCCUCGCUCAACGUCCGAUACUUCUGCGCUCACUGGGACGGCACCAACAUCUGCGACCCAUGCCACCCGCCCCACUACCGGCGGCUCCAUGGCCUCGUUCAACGCCGGUCGUUUGCCAUCACGAGGCUCUUAUGGACAGCCGGUUGCGCCAACUGUGGCCGCUACGAACGCCCAGGGUCGGCUCGCACAGCCCAAGAGCAAGCAAUACGUUAUCUCCGCCCCUCUCCAGCAAGACUCGUCGUCCCAACAGUCCAUUGGUCAACCAAGUACACAGCAACUACCGGCCAAGUUCAACACGACACCCCGACAAGAGCCCCCGAAGGGCCACAAGCGAUCCAACACGGUAUCAAGCAUUGGCGAGAAGCUGUUUGGCCGCUCUGGUUCCAUUUUCGGAGGGCGGGGAGGACAGGGUAGCGGUCCUCGACAGAAGAAUGGCAAGCGUUAUCCGCCUACGAGUAUGAAGGAACCAUACGGGGGGGAUGACACCCGGAUGUCGAUGGAUUCGCGACGCUCCAUGCAAUAUGGAUAUAACCGCAAGACUAGUGAAUCUGGCGCGGAAGGCCGGCCUCGAAGGUUCUCAUUCCUACCGCCGUCAUUCUCCCUGAAGGGAUUCUCUUCCAGCAGAUCGCAAACUCCCGAUGAAGAGUCGCAAACAGACCGUUCGACGGAAAACCGGGUCGAACCACGUCCGUCGACCAGCGCAAUGCAGGCGCGUUCGCGCGCUGCAAGCUAUGGGACACAGGAUGCCAUCGGAGCGGCGCCUGAGGGUGCUCCGGGAGACGAAAUCCUGACCCAGGACGAACCCAUCAACUACCAGGCCCGGAUUGACCAACAAUUUGCCGUACUACACUCGAACCAGUCUGGAAUAUACCAGCCGACCUCUUACAGCGCGACCUCGGCCGAGCAAGUGUAUCAGAAUGAGAAUGAUCAUUAUUAUCGCAACCAGUACGCCAACCACUCGGCACCCAACCACUACGAGGAAUACUCCGCCCCGUACGAUAAGACUCUACGGCCGUCAAUGCAGGCUGGUCGACCUGGGCGAGGGACUGGCGUCUUACCCAAGAACCACCGGAAGUUCGCAGACGCCUACGAGUACGAACGCGACUUGGCGCACCGGCCUGGCAGCUCUGGCGCCGCCAGAAAAGUAAUGGAUUUCUUCCGUCGGCGAGCCAAGUCGAGAGCCGGCGAUGACCGAUAG